GACACUCAAGCAACCCACGACACAAAAGUAAGCCAAGUACCCCAGUCACGCCAAGUGACUGAAGUAGGCCAAGACACAAAAGUAAGCCAAGACACUCAAGCACGCCAAAUAACUGAAGUAGGCCAAGACAUUUAAGUAAGCCAAGACACUCAAGCACGUCAAAUAACUAAAGUAGGCCAAGACACUCAAGUACGCCAAGUGACUGAAGUAGGCCAAGACACAAAAGUAAGCCAAGACACUCAAGCACGCCAAAUAACUGAAGUAGGCCAAGACAUUUAAGUAAGCCAAGACACUCAAGCACGCCAAAUAACUAAAGUAGGCCAAGACACUCAAGUACGCCAAGUAACUGAAGUAGGCCAAGACAUUUAAGUAAGCCAAGACGCUCAAGUAAUUGAAGUAGGUAGGCCAAGACACUCGCGCAAUACAAGACAAACAAGUAAGCCAAAUACCUCAACCACGUCAAGUAACUGAAGUAGGCCAAGACACUCAAGUGCGCCAAGUAAAUGAAGUAGACCAAGACACUCAGGCACGCCAAGUAAGACACAAAAGUAAGCCAAAUACCUCAAGCACGCCAAGUUACUGGAGUAGGCCAAGACACAAAAGUAGGCCAAGACACUCAAGCACGCCAAGUAACUGAAGUAAGCAAAGUACCUCAAGUACGCCAAGUAACUAAAGUUGGCCAAGACACUCAAGUACGCCAAGUUACUGAAGUAGGCCAAGACACUCAAGCACGCCAAGUUACUGAAGUAAGCCAAGACACUCAAGUACGGCAAGUUACUGAAGUAGGCCAACACACUCAAGUAGGCCAAGUAACUAAAGUAGGCCAAGACACUCAAGCACGCCAAGUUACUGAAGUAAGCCAAGACACUCAAGUACGGCAAGUUACUGAAGUAGGCCAAGACACUCAAGCACGCCAAAUUACUGAAGUAGGCCAAGACACUCAAGUACGGCAAGUUACUGAUGUAGGCCAAGACACUCAAGUACGCCAAGUAACUAAAGUAGGCCAAGACACUCAAGCAAGCCAAGUUACUGAAGUAGGCCAACACACUCAAGUACGCCAAGUAACUAAAGUAGGCCAAGACACUCAAGUACGCCAAGUAACUAAAUUAGGCCAAGACACUCAAGUACGCCAAGUUACUGAAGUAGGCCAAGACACUCAAGCACGCCAAGUUACUGAAGUAGGCCAAGACACUCAAGUACGCCAAGUUACUGAAGCAUGAAGUAGCAGAAGUAGGCCAAGACACUCAAGUACGCCAAGUAACUAAAGUUGGCCAAGACACUCAAGCACGCCAAGUUACUGAAGUAAGCAAAGUACCUAAAGUACGC